AUGCGCGAUGACCUCGUGCGGGCCGUCGAGCGGGUGAUGGGGUCGUCAACAAAAUCUGAGGGGGAGGGGGAUUGGGUUAGUUUUACCACUUUUGCCCCGGCCCCGACGCGGAAUCCGACAGACGAGAGGGAAAGGAAGGCUUGGGAGCUGCGGCCGCAAUCGCUUUAUUAUCGAAUAAACUGCUUGGAUUGCCUCGACCGUACAAACAUCGCGCAGGCGCUGCUGGUCGAUGCCAUGCUGCCCUAUUUAUUGUCCAGCCUCCUCAACGAAGGCGAAAACAACAACAACAAGGAGGAAAAAGGUCAAACGCCGCCGUUUAGCGAUUCACCUUUCGAGCGUCGCCUGCGGGAGGAGGCCUCCGAGGGUAUUCGCGCGCUCUUCGCCGAGCAGGGGGUGGCUAUUUCAAUAAUGUACUCGAACGUUGGCGCUCAUUUUAUUCCUUAUUUGCUGGGCGGCCACAACGGCCGUUAUAGACCGAGCCUUAAGGAAGGGAUGAUCUCCCUCCGGCGAUGGUUUUCCCAGAACUUCCGCGAUGGGUGGAAGCAAGACGAGAUUUCCCUCAUCACCCGCCAACAUGAUCCAGGGCAGUUUAGCUGUAAUAUCGAGAGUCCUUUUUCUCGGGAUUUGACGGGGAUGAACUUAUGGGUCCUUUACGGGAUUUUUGCGUCGUUGGUGCCUUUGUUAUGUUGUAUUUUCUUUGCCUUUUUUUCCGUCGAUCAAGGAGAGGUGCGGCUUCACGGGGCAAUUGCAGUUCUGUGGAUCGCAUACUUCUUCUUUAUUUAUCAAAAAUUAUCGAAAUAUUGCGUAACCUAUACGAAUCAAGCCUUGCUAAAUCACUCUAUUUGA